UUUAGUAUAAAUAUACACACGAGCGUGUGAUAAUAUCAUAACGCGUUGAGACGUCAACAUGAUGAAGUACACGUGUGUCGCGCUGUUCUCCUGUUGUGUAUUGUUUGUUGUCGUUAAUUCAGAAUGCGGAAAUAACGAAGAGUUGGAAUGUGUGCACUCAUGUCCCCCUCAAAAGUCUUGCAGUGAUCGUGACAUACAAAUAGCUUGUCCGGAUGAAUAUACUGAUUGUGAAGACACUUGUGUUUGCAAGCCUGGAUUUAUUAGGAAUGAUAAUAAUGACUGUAUUACUGAGGAUCAGUGUGAUAAAUGUACCAAAGAGAAUGAAUUCUAUGACUGUGGCGAAUUGUGUGACAAUGUUUGUGCGACGUUCUCUGAGCGGAACAGAACCCACUGUGAUCUGUGGAUCUCCAGAUGUGUCCGCCAGUGUUACUGCAAGGAUGGCUACGCAAGAGACGAGAACAGAAAUUGUAUACCUGUAGACAAAUGCCCUGAAACGCCAAAAUAUGAAGAGUAGUAAUGAAAUAAUAUGUCUGUCCUUCUAAUUCUUUAUUGUAAUAAAUCUCAACAAAAAUGAAUAAAAAAUUUCACAUAACCGCAAAAAGAAUAGCCCAGCAGAAACUUGCAUUUUUGUAGGGCCAAGACUCCGAAGAUUGUUAGACAUAAUUCUAAGCUUGGAGUUUGACUGUCGUUACCACUUCUUCUUCUUCCUAAUCCUGCCCUGUUCCCAAUUUUAUAUUUCCCUGUCAUUCGUCAUUCUGACACUGGUUCCCUUCCUAUUCAUGUCAUCUUUCAGGAAAUUGUCGUUACCACUCCUCUUUGUAUAUUAUAAUUAAAUAUUAAUACACAUGACAAACCUCUGUAUUUUG